AUGGCCACCCCGGUGGUUUUGAUUAUCGGGUGUGGAAUUGCUGGUCCUGUUCUUGCAAUAUUUUACCAGCGCAAGGGGUACCAUGCGAUUGUGUUUGAGAAAGUGAAGACGCUGGGAGAUGCGGGAGCGAUGAAGGUUCUGAACCUGAUUGGCCUCGCCGAUGAAGUUGCCAAAGAAUCGCUGCCCCUAACCGGCUUUUGGGACGGCGUCUCCUCCGGGGAGACCUUGGGUCAUUCAGGGCUUCCCGCGGCCUUCAGAGCCACGUACGGACAGCCAGCAGCGGGGAUCAAACGGACCUCGAUCAGUUUAAUGCUGAAAAAGCGACUGCGGGAGAUGGACAUCGAACUCCGCGAGGGGUGGAAAUUGGAGGCGAUCCAGGAGAAUGAGGAUUCGGUCACGGCGAUCUUCGACGGCGGGCGCACGGUAACCGGUUCGUUCCUCAUCGGCUGCGAUGGCAUCAAGGCAGCCUCCCGGAGGGUCAUGCAGGAGAUGCAAGGCAUCCGCACCGGUCUGCCGACCUUCACGGGCCUGGCGCAGGUGGCGGGCGUCUCGCCCACGCCGGAGUCGCUGGACGCCUUCCGACGCGGCAGCCUCUGUAACUGGUACGGAGACGGCAAACACAUCAUCGCGUAUCCCAUAUCGACCCGUCUUACCUCCUGGGCCGUCACACUCCCCCAGACGCGGGCACACGAAGAGACGUGGCGUCUGUCCGAUCCAGCGGACAUCGAAGCGCAGCGUGAGACGUUGGCAUCCGAGCUGAGUGGUUUUGAGCCGACCGUGGUGGACCUAAUCAAGACAGCCACCCGGAUUAUCAAGUUCGGCCUUUUUGAUCGGGAGGAAUUAAGCCCCGAGCAGUGGCAUUCCAAGCGCUGUGUGUUGGUCGGCGAUGCCGCCCAUCCCACGACUCCUCACCUGGGCCAGGGCGCGAACCAGGCUUUGGAGGACUGCUACCACCUGAUGCAAUACAUGCCAUGCAUCGAGUCAGGAGGUGUGGACGACGCGGAGAAGUUGAAAUCCUUUGGCGCAGAUCUCCCGAGCCUCUUUCAGGCUUACGCAGAAAGACGCCAACCUCGUACAUCGGCGUUGGUGAAGGAAGCUCGCGCUCAAGGAGAUAGGCGUGUCGUGGCCACUCCGACACGGUGUAAAGAACGUGAUGCAGUGAUUGCUGCAGCAUGGAGCGAUCCCAACGCGAUCAGGGCCAAGUACGAAAGAUUGCUGAAAGAGCCGUUUUAG